AUGCCGUGCGGCUGCAGUUGGAACGGUCGCCGCUGGGUGGCCGGAGCCGAGGCUUCGCUCGGCCUCUCCGGGCUGCCCGUGGUGACCAGCGGCGGCGCGCACUGGUUGCGGCGACUCCUCUGGGCUCUGAUUCUGGUCGUCUCCUUCGUCUGGCUGGUAGUACAGCUGCAUGGAAGCGUGAUUCGUCUGAUGUAUCAAAAUGUGGGCACUGAGUCCCGGUACGAGCUGAUGCAGAGCAUGCCAUUCCCUGCCAUCACCAUUUGCGCCGCACAUCGCUUCAAGAAGGAGCAGUGGCUGAACAUGUCUCUGGACGGCGUAACUGCUGAGCAGUUGGGGGCUCUCAAAGGCGAAGACAAAUUCAGAUUCUUGCGCUGGGAUGAGCUGAACUUUGACGAGUUCUAUGACAGUGCGUCGUACAGCUACGAUGACCUGGUGGAGUCGUGUAGGUUCCACGGCCAGUCGUGUGCCGUUCUGAGCACUCUGAGCACCGCCUUCACCAACAAGUACGGCGCGUGUCACACAAUCACCCUGACCACAAACGCCAACGGCACGUGGACGCAGCCACAGCUGGAGAUGCGGCUCACGCUGCCCGAUCCGGCCGACCCGGAGAUGCGCGAGACAUCGCCCGGCUGGUAUGUCAUCCUGCACGACUCCCAGACGGGCUUCUCCGACCUGUCGGCGUUCGCGCCGGCAUCGUACAACGUGCUGUCCGUGCGCAAAGGGCAGGACACGACGGCGAAGAUGCGUCGCCAGGAGACGUUCUACCUCUCCCUGACCGGUGGCGGGUGCUCGGACGAGGUCGGCGCCGUCGAUCACGCUCAAUGCCUCAAGGCCUGCCUGGAUGGUCGUCUGAAGCCGCCUGCCGCUCAUAACUCCAGCGAAACAACGCCUCGACAAACGAACAGACAAAACUCCACCGGCAAGAGUCGCAGAUUCCUCAAGACAUCCACACUCAGUCUCUGGCUAUCAAUGACCAAGGAGCAUCGGGAAGAAAAGUGGAGCUUUUCGUUUUCACAGUUUGUGGCCGAGUGCGGCGGAAACAUGGGAAUAUUCCUCGGUGCCUCUCUGCUGUCGCUUGUUGAGCUGGCCGAUAUGAUCGGGUUUUGGUGUCUGCGGUAG